AUUCCAUCGCAACGGGGGGGCUAGCCGCGCUGGCAGUGUACCUGGGCGUGGUACAGCUGCUGCGCUUCCGGAGGCGAGAUCCGCCGGCUGCAGAAGAGCCUGGACGCCAAGGAGGACUGCUCCGAAGUGGCUCGUCAAAUGGUUCAGUUGGAAUUCCCCUUCUUGAUGACCAAGUCGCUAGAGUUUGCACUUUUCGCGACCUACGGCGUGCCCUCCAUCUCGAAGCUGCUUGACAAGACGGGCGAGUUUCGGAAACACGUCGGCAAGAGGUACGACGACACGGACCUCAUCCUUCGGGAGUACCUCGAGGGCGGGAAGGACGGAGACCGGAGCAGGACAGCCAUGGGCCGGCUGAACGCUAUCCACUCCAUGUACGCCAAGGAGAUCAGCAACGCCGACAUGCUCUUCACGCUCUCGCAAUUCGUCACCGCGCCGGCUCUGUGGAUCAACAGGUACGGGUGGCGACGCUGCACGGAUUUGGAGAAGGAGGCGCUGUUGGCACACUACGGGGACAUGGGGAGGCGCAUGGGCAUCAAGGGCGUAGACUCCUGGAAGACGUGGCAGGACGCCGACGACUUUCAGGCGGCCUACGCGAAGGAGCACUAUAGGUUCGCCGCCAGCAACGCCGCCAUCGCCGGCGUGACGGUCGACCUCUUCGUCUCUCUCGUGCCCUCCAAGGCUUUGCAAUCGGCCGCUCGCUGGGGCGUGUACGCGCUCAUCGACCCGCCCCUGCUCAAGGCCUUUGGCUUCCCUACGGCGCCGACCCUCUUGCAGUGGUUCAUGAAGGGAAGCCUGUGGAUGCGCGCGUUGUUCAUCCGCUUCUUGCUGCCGCCCCGCCCCGACUUCAUGGCCGUCCGGCGCACUCCCCUCUCGGGCGUUGAGGGUGGAAGCUCUUCCGAUGUCCUCGUGAAACCGGUUUAUGACCCAUUCCACGACGUUCAGCUGGGCUGUUUGUACUACCGGGACGGGUACAAGAUCGAGGACCUAGGACCCGCGACGUGUCCCGCCGGACGCCUGUUCGAGGGACUGCCUUCCUACACCGGCAAGGGCGGCGGUGGCAGCGGCCCCGUGAUCUGCGGGGCGGACGGCACCAGCCCGCUCGCCGUCAACGCGGCUGGAAAGGCCAAGGACAAAUUCAUCUGAAAAAAACGAUCGAGGAUGUUGGAGGCCAUCCUCCCGUAAGCAAAUCGUACUCAGAGAUGACAAAGGGAGAAAAAUAUGAUCCAGUUCUUCUGCUGUACUAGAGCAUGCUUGCUGUUCAGAUGCUGCGCGGAGGUUGUUGCUCUGAGAACCACCAGCCGGGCAUGAAAUCCUGGAUUGUUCGAUGGUUGGUCCUGGAUUUUUCAUGUGACGUCUGCGCGACCGACUGGCGUAUUUUUUUCCCUGCAAGGUCGUGUUCAACACGUCGGAGAAGAAGUUAGAGAAGAAGUUGAGCCCUCUGUUGUGGUGGAUUGCGACUUGCGCUCCUGAUGGUCUUGUUGCAUAGAAGAGCCGGAGGAGCCACGAAAAACGCGCUCCGAGCCUCUUUGCUGAUGAAAUGACGGGGCGGCUUGCGCGCAAACACGUCACUCGAUUGCUCGUUUUGUGGUGGGG